UUGAGUUUCGAGAAUAGUUACCGAUCGUGACGUGUUCGUUAGAAUUGCGAACACCCUUUUUACAUGCGUGUAACUAUUAUAGAAAAGCAAUGAUUUUUUCUAUGAAGAAUGUUCGCGUCGGUAUAGUAGAAACGAUACUUUAAAUACACAGUUCGAAGAUGUGUAUACGCUAGUACGUUGAGUAUCGUAGGAUGCGUUGCGUGUGGAUUAUAAGCAUGAAGCAGGGAAUGGGUGGUUGGGAACAGCAGGUGUAGAAUUACCGCGGUGGUUUUGACGAUAAAAAAACGUUUGUACGGAAAGAAUAUAGUGUAACAAUAACAGUGCCAUUCGCAAGCAAUUGUACGUCCUGCAAAAAUAUUUUGAUUGCUAUUGGUGACGUACGUGAUUACAGGUUUAUAUAUAGUAAAAAGAACAUUUUGCACCGGCUUGUACCGCGUAACUGUUCCAAUCGAUUUAUCUUACGAUUAUUCUACAAUGGAAGCUUUAAUACCUGUAAUAAAUAAAUUACAAGAUGUGUUUAAUACUGUCGGCUCUGAUGCUAUACAAUUACCUCAAAUCGUUGUACUUGGUACACAGAGUUCUGGAAAGUCAUCUGUAAUUGAAAGUCUAGUUGGUCGAUCCUUUUUACCACGGGGUACUGGUAUAGUCACUAGACGUCCCUUAAUAUUGCAACUUGUUUAUGCACCGAAAGAUGACCGUGAACAUCGAAAUGCAGAAAGUGGAACAUUAGAUUUAAAUGAAUGGGGCACAUUUUUACACAUGAAAAACAAAAUCUACACAGAUUUUAAUGAAAUCCGCAGGGAGAUAGAAUCUGAAACAGAGCGUAUGGCUGGAUCUAACAAAGGAAUUUGUCCAGAGCCAAUUAAUUUAAAAAUAUAUUCGGCGUCAGUUGUUAAUUUAACUCUGAUAGAUCUUCCUGGUAUUACAAAAGUACCAGUCGGCGAUCAACCAGAAGAUAUUGAGAGUCAGAUACGACAGCUUGUUUUAAAGUAUAUAUGUAAUCCUAAUUCUAUUAUAUUAGCUGUUGUUACCGCGAAUACUGAUAUGGCUACAAGUGAAAGUCUAAAGCUUAGCAAAGAUGUUGAUCCAGAUGGAAGACGUACAUUAGCUGUUGUUACUAAAUUGGAUCUCAUGGAUGCUGGAACUGAUGCUAUAGAUAUAUUAUGUGGAAGAGUCAUUCCUGUAAAAUUAGGAAUUGUUGGAGUAGUUAAUCGUUCCCAACAGGAUAUAAUGAAUAAUAAAAGUAUUCAAGAUGCAUUAAAGGAUGAAGCUGCAUUUCUGCAACGUAAAUAUCCUACUUUGGCAAACAGAAAUGGAACUCCUUAUUUAGCUAAAACAUUAAAUCGCUUACUCAUGCACCAUAUUCGGGACUGUCUGCCAGAGCUAAAGACGAGAGUAAAUGUCAUGGUUUCACAAUUUCAAACCCUUCUUAAUUCGUAUGGUGAGGAUGUUAGUGACAAGAGUCAAACUUUGCUUCAAAUUAUUACGAAAUUUGCAAGUAGUUAUUGUUCCACGAUUGAAGGAACAGCUAGAAAUAUAGAAACGACUGAAUUAUGCGGUGGCGCUCGAAUUUGUUACAUAUUUCAUGAAACAUUUGGAAAAACGCUAGAUUCUAUACACCCGCUGGCGGGUCUGACAAAAAUGGAUAUUUUGACGGCCAUUCGAAAUGCAACUGGUCCACGACCUGCGCUAUUUGUACCAGAAGUUUCUUUUGAAUUAUUAGUUAAGCGACAAAUUCGGAGACUCGAAGAACCAUCGUUACGAUGUGUAGAACUUGUACACGAAGAAAUGCAAAGAAUCAUUCAACAUUGUGGUACUGAAGUGCAACAAGAAAUGUUACGUUUUCCAAAAUUGCACGAGCGUAUUGUUGAUGUUGUAACACAGUUAUUACGUCGACGGCUGCCACCUACUAAUCACAUGGUGGAAAAUUUAGUUGCUAUAGAAUUAGCAUACAUCAAUACUAAACAUCCAGAUUUUCAUAAGGAUGCAGCUCUUGUGUCAUCUUUAUUAAAGAACUCUAAUGUAGAUCAUGUAAAACACAAUAGAAAACUUCCUUCUACAAAUUCCACAUCAAAUACUGUAGUUUCAAAUGACACUAAUGUAAAAUCAAUGAAUAAUCAAGAUGAAGUAGCAUCUUUUCCUGAGCAGAAUAAGGACCAACAAGGACAUCAAAUGGUGUUAAGUAAUUGGUUAUUAAAUAAUCUUAUGUCUCAAGGAAGAACUGAUUCAAGCAGUUCGGUUGAUGGUUCUCCAGUAAGAAAUCGUGAAAACAGUACUUCUCCUCACCCAAAUCAAAAUACAGUAAUUGAGAUACAGAAAGCAUCUCCACAACAAAAGCCUGUAAAUCUACUGCCUGAAGUACCAGUGCAAACAUCUCGUAAACUAAGUGAACGAGAACAACGAGACUGUGAUGUAAUUGAAAGAUUAAUAAAAUCAUACUUUUAUAUUGUACGAAAAUCUAUACAAGAUAGCGUACCAAAAGCUGUCAUGCAUUUUCUAGUCAACUAUGUAAAGGAUAAUUUACAAAGCGAGCUCGUAACACAUUUAUACAAAUCAGAUCACGCUGAAGUUCUUUUAAAUGAGAGUGAACACGUCGCUGUUAGACGCAAAGAAGCAGCAGAUAUGUUAAAGGUAUAUAGAAAGAAAUAAUACUUUUUCUUUGCAUAAAUUUAAAUUCUUGAUCUGUUUGUAUUUGUUUUUAUUUAUAGGCACUAACACAAGCUGGUCAUAUUAUUAGUGAAAUUCGAGAAACGCACAUGUGGUAACUGAUUUUAUAUAUUAUUUACACGAUCAGUUUAUAGUUCAAUUUAGACAAUUUGAUGGUUUCAUAGAUAAACUGAUAAGCAAGAUGAUAUGUACCUCUGUAACACUGUACAUAAAUUGUAUUUUUCGUGCAAGUAGUGUUUAUAAUUACAACAGUUAUUUUUAAGGUUUUAA